GUAGAGUUGGUGCAAUAUAAGAUCAAAAGAAAAAGGAUGAGAGGGAAGGAAUCCUAAUCUUUGACAUGGGCAACAGUUAAAGAUGAUAUAAGCAUUGUCCCCGGAAUACCAAUUACCUAACUAUCAAUAGGUGGGGCUGCUGGAUAGACAAAUUAAGAGAUCAAUUUUUCUAUUAAUUAAGGAAAAAGAUAUCCACUUGCCACUUCCUAUCCCAUAUGACCUCUCUUUCUUCUCCAUUUCUUCUCCAUUUGAUCUACACCUUUUUAAGAACAGCACCACCAUCUCAGGGGGAGGCUUUAUUUCUUCAACUUCCUUGAUUUCUUUGAUCUCAUGGUUGUGAUGAAAAUGAUCCUUCAGAAUGAAGAAGAAGCAACCAAGAUAUUGGCAAACCAGAAUGAUGAACCAAUAAAUGGCGCCGACGGCGACGGAGCCGAAGGUGAAGAAAUCUUUGGGGAGUGGUUGAAUUUGAGCCUCGGCAGAAAUGAGCCCCAGAUGACUGAGGACUCAGAUAACUUCCCAUCAAAACCAGUUUCCAACAGGGUCUUCUCCUGCAACUUCUGCAUGAGAAAGUUCUACAGCUCCCAAGCAUUGGGUGGUCACCAGAAUGCACACAAGAGGGAGAGAGGAGCAGCAAGAAGAUUCCAGUCUGAGAGGGAGGUGGCAAUGAUGGGUUUGCAUCUCAGUUCUCCAAUGGUCCGAUCACUAGGCGUUCGACCCCACUCACUUGUGCACAAGCAAAGCAGGGAAGGAACAAGGAUGGUGGCACGGUUCAAUGAUGCCAAUAAAGGCUUCAUGGCAUGGACACCAUUUAUGCUUGAAGAGGCAAUGGACUCGAUGUGGCCAGGAAGCUUUCAUGUGGAUCCCCAACUGCCGAAGCAACCAUCAGAGCUACUUAAGCUUGACUUGAAUCUUCGACUCUGAUCAUCCACCCCUUCAAUCACACAAUGAUCUGGGUUCCCUCUUCUAUGUCUGGUCCACUUGUAUGACUUGCCUUUGUUCAUCAAUAGACCAAAGAAGCUAGCUAACUUAAUUAGGAAUGAACCAGACAAACUGAAGCUUCAAACACUUGUAAAAAGGGUUGUCCAUGAGAAAGAGAAUUACAUAUUAUGUUCAUAUGGUGUACUAGUGAAUAUCAAGUGUAUUGUGCUUUCAGUUCUCAAAA